AUGACAUCAGCAUCAACUAGCAGUGCACGUUCAUUGUUCGCCGAAUCAAAACAAAGGCUUGCGGAGCGGGUUCAAGUGAAUAUGAAUAAUAUUUCAUCGCUUGCCCGGCAAAUUCAACGGGGUUCUAAAUCCAACGAGCUCCUAUCAAAAGGUGCUCGAGAUAUGGCAGUCACCGAAAACAUAAUGGAGAAUAGUGAAGAAAACUUGAAAAAGAUGCAGCUCAUAGCUGUACAUAUUGGUUAUCAAUAUGAAAGCAUUCAAAAAUCUGCUGAAAUGCUAUCGGAGAUUAGUGAACAGGUGGCUGCUAUGCAGAGA